GAGACUAGGUUUGAUGAUCUCUUUUCCAUGUCUAGUUCUUCUUUGAAGUUUGAACCUUUGUUUUGAAGGGACCAUAUCACAACAAAUACAUACUAAUUUAAAUGUUUAUUUGAUUCCCUACAAAACUUGUUCCCAGGUGUCUAAAUCUCCUGUGUUUCCUCCAUUUCUUUAAGCUGCAAGUUCUUUGCUUGGCAAUUUGGUACUACGGAGAUCAUGGUGAGGGGAAAGACUCAAAUGAGGCGCAUAGAGAACGCCACAAGCAGACAAGUCACAUUCUCAAAGCGACGAAAUGGGCUGCUAAAGAAGGCUUUUGAACUAUCAGUUCUUUGUGAUGCUGAAGUUGCCCUCAUCAUUUUCUCUCCCAGGGGCAAACUCUUUGAAUUUACAAGCUCUAGCAUGCAGGCCACUGUAGAACGUUACAUGCGGCAUGCAAGGGAUAAUAAUCGAACCAAGCCGACUGACCCAAACCUGCAGCAGAUGGAGAGUGAAGCAGCAACCUUAGUGAAGAAGAUAGAGGAUCUUGAAAUUUCAAGAAGGAAACUACUUGGAGAGGGUUUGGGUUCAUGCACCCUUCAAGAACUACAACAGAUAGAGCAGCAGUUAGAAAAGAGCGUGAGCAUCAUCAGAGCGAAAAAGACACAAGUUUUCAUACAACAGAUUGAACAAUUGAAAGAAAAGGAGAAAGCCCUAACUGCUGAAAAUGAAAAGCUUUGUGAAAAGUGUGGAACGAAGCCAUGGAAAGGAUCAAACGAGCAGGAAGAGAAUGUACCAUAUGAUGAAAGCAGUCCGAGCCCGGAUGUCGAGACUGAACUGUUCAUUGGACUACCGGAAGGGAGAACAAGACGAAUCCUGCAAUCCAACUGAUUGACGAUGACAAGUGAUCCCACGCCACAGCAACUAUAAAUAUAGAGACAGAAGUUCACGUAUUAACCAUGCAAUGCAUUAGUUUGUUGCUUUAGCUUCAAAUAAAAUUUGCUCAUGGAAGAAAACUACCAUAGAAGAUUUGCUACAUAAAAUACCUUUAUUUUGGAGCACGGCAAAUGUCAUAUUAGCCUC